GUGGUCCAGUGGUUAGCGUGUCAACCUCACAGUGCAGAGGUAAUGGGCUCGAUCCCAGCUCCCUGUGUGGAGUUUGCAUGUUUUUCCCGGGACUGCGUGGGUUUUCUUGGGGUGCUCUAGUUUCCUCCCACAAUCCUAAAAAAACAUGCAUGGCAUGCUGAUUGAACACUUUAAAUUGUCCCUAGGUGUGAUUGUGAGCGCAAAUGGUUGUUUGUCUAUAUCCGUCCUGCAAUUUGCUUGCAACCACUUCAGGGUGUCCCCCGCCUCCUGCCCGAAGACAGCUGGCAUAGGCACCAGCACCCCCCGUGACCCUUGUGAGGAUAAAGCCGAUCGGAAAAUGAAUUAAUUCAUCACACUCUUCUAUCAUUUGUGUCAAAUUUACAAUUUAUUUAUUUUCACUUACACAAAAUUUUAAGUGGUAGUGCGAAUGCUUUUGCGACCUCUGGAUUUUGAUAGAUUGUGCAGAUGUCAUCUACAUUCUGCCGUGAGUUUAUAAUCGCAAGAUACAACCAGAAUGAGUGUCAUGCGAAACUUUCCCUCCCUCGCUGCUCAGUCAGUGACUCAAGCAGGUGUUCGCUUGAGAGUUUUCCAAGCAGAAUCCUUUGAUGUUCAAAGCAAGAGUGCAACGCCUUCUUCUCAUCAGCCAAAUGUCAAAUACGGCACUGGAGUGUAUGCUCAGGGACACCGGCCUCAGGCCUCAAUCCAAGCGUCAAGGUUACGAGUAUAUUGUUUACCUUUUUCCCCCCAUGUGUUGUGGCUUUUGCGUUGCCCUGACCUGGCUCAUAACCAACGUCGACAGCCAAUAAAGAAGAAGCACUUGUGCUUGCGCAGCUUUCAUCGCAGAGUUUGCAUCCUGCGUUUUUCAAUCCAGCUUCUUAUGGAGCUGAUCUCUGCUUGUGAACGGACCAUGACUGUGGUUGACUUUGAGGCGAUAGUGUCUAAACUGGCGCCCGCGUCCCAGAAUGCAACCGUGGGAGCAGCAGUUGGGAUUUCACUGGCAACCAGAAUUCUGCUUUUACUCGUCUGUCUACUGCUGGUGGCUCGGGGACACAUGGACAAGCGACGCGUACCAGGUCCAUAUUUUUGCCUGGGAUUGGGGCCGCUUCUUUCAUAUGUGAGAUUUAUUUGGACGGGCAUCGGCACAGCCAGCAAUUAUUACAACGACAAGUAUGGUGACAUUGUCAGAGUUUGGAUUGAUGGGGAAGAGACUCUCAUUCUCAGCAGAGCAUCGGCGGUGCACCACGUUUUAAAGCAUGGACACUACACCUCACGGUUUGGGAGCAAAUUAGGACUAAGCUGCAUCGGCAUGAACGAGAGGGGUAUUAUAUUUAACAACAAUGUCACCCAGUGGAAAAAGACACGCAGCUAUUUCACCAAAGCCUUGACAGGCCGGGGCCUUCAACAGACCUCGGAGGUGUGCGUCUCCUCGACGCAGAAACACCUGGAGAAUUUGAGGAAGGCUGCGGGAGGGGAUGCAUUGACAAACGUGGAUGUCCUCAGUCUGCUCCGCUGCACUGUGGUCGACAUCUCCAAUAGACUCUUCUUGGAUGUGCCCUUCAAUGAAAAAGAGCUGAUGCAGAAGAUUUUGAAGUAUUUCGAGACAUGGCAGAGCGUCCUGAUCAAACCAGAUGUUUACUUUAAACUUGACUGGAUUUACCAAAGGCACAAGACGGCAGCCCAGGCGCUCCAAGAUGCCAUCGAGGGCCUUGUGGAACAUAAAAGAAGAGAAAUGGAGCAGGCGGAUAAACUGGACAACAUCAACUUCACUGCUGAGCUCAUAUUCGCACAGAAUUGCGGCGAAAUUUCUGCUGAGAACGUGAUUCAGUGUGUGCUGGAGAUGGUGAUCGCCGCACCAGACACUCUAUCGGUCAGCCUCUUCUUCAUGCUGCUGCUUCUCAAACAGCAUCCACGCGUGGAGCUGCAGCUCCUCCAGGAAAUAGACAGUGCCAAGGGUGACCGACCCCUGAAAAACGACGACCUUAACAAGCUGCAAGUUCUGGAGAGCUUCAUCAAUGAAUGCUUGCGUUACCACCCAGUGGUAGACUUCACCAUGCGGCGUGCACUGUCUGACGAUGUCAUUGAUGGCUACAGGGUCCCAAAGGGCACAAAUAUCAUUCUGAACACCGGUCGAAUGCAUCGCACAGAGUUCUUCCCCAAACCCAACGAAUUGAAUCUAAAAAACUUUGAAAAGAAUGCUCCGCGCCGUUACUUCCAGCCUUUCGGAUCCGGUCCUCGAGCCUGCGUGGGCAAACAUGUUGCUUUGGUCAUGAUGAAAUCAAUCUUGGUGACGCUGCUCUCCCAGUAUUCCGUGUGCCCUCACGAGGGUUUGACUUUGGACUGCAUCCCGCAGACCAACAACCUCUCCCAGCAGCCUGUGGCGCACCAGCACGACAGCCAAAGUCUCACCAUGACAUUCUUACCCAGAAAGAGAGGACACUGGGAUCCUCUUUGAGGCUUUUUGUUUGGCUUCUCUCUUCCCAGACAUUUAUAUCGUGACCACAUACGUACAAUACAAUACUGCUUUCCUAUUUAUUGGGUACACAUUAUUCAUGAUAUAAACAAUUGCCAAAUGAAUGCAUUAGAUACAGUGAGCUACUUUGUGUUUUGCUGUUGUAUGGCUGUACAGGGCUUAUUUGCGUGUGUAUUGAAUUCACUACAUCAUACAUUAAACUGUAUUUUAUUAUUAUUAUAUUUUUCACUUUCAAUAAAUUAUU